GAAGCUGUUGGUACUUGCUUUGGUGUUGCCAUUUAUUAAGAUGAGAUCUGAAAUGCGGGUCGUCUGUCUGUGGAUGCUGUGCUGCAGUGUUGCUAUGUUGUGUCCGACGGUGGGGGCUCAGGGACAUCUGCUGGACAAACCCGUCACGGAGCUGUGCCUCAAGUGCAUUUGCGAGGCCAUAAGCUGCUGUAAUGCUACGGCCGUAUGUAUUAGUCCCGAAAAGGGAGUUUGUGGCAUUUUUCGCAUCACAUGGGCCUAUUGGGUAGAUGCUGGUAAACUGACUAUCGAGGGGGAACAACCCGAUUCGGAGAAGGCCUUCAUAAAUUGUGCCAACGAUCCGCUGUGUGCCGCCAACUCAGUGCAGAACUAUAUGAAGAAGUUCAAUCAAGACUGCAAUGAUGAUGGCGAAAUGGAUUGUCAUGACUACGCCCGCAUACACAAGUUGGGGGCCUAUGGCUGCCACAAAGAUAUGCCCUACAAGUAUCAGAGUGUGUUCGAGGAAUGCAUCGAGCUAUAUGAGGAACAGAGUGUAGAGUGAUAUAAGCUAUGCAAAGUAGUUGUAAUUAAAGCGUAGAGUCAAGCACGACGUCAGCUCAAUACGAGAACAGUUUUACAAUAAAUAUCGCCCACUGGCUUUGGGUAUUACUCAGUA